AUGGGAAACAAACAAUCAACCGCAUUAGCAAAGAAUAAAAACAAGAACCAAAUCCCUUCAAAACCCCCUACCAGUGAACAAAAAUGCUGGUAUGCUGAAGGUCGACGGUACGCCUAUUAUAAGAAUUCAAAAUAUAUUUUUCCGGAAGAUGACAUCGAAAUAGAUAGAUUACAAAUGCAACAUUAUUUAUUUCGACAUAUAUUUUAUGGAAAUUUUUCUGCUCCGGUAGAAGAUGUGCUUAACCAAGGUGGUCGAAUAUUAGAUAUAGGAUGUGGACCAGGAACUUGGGUUUUAGAAAAUAGUUGUGAUUUUUCUCGAUCCGAAUUUUACGGAAUUGAUAUCGCGCCAAUGUUUCCAAGCAUGAUUAAACCACGAAAUGCGCAUUUUAUACAAGCGAAUAUUCUUGAUGGUUUACCAUUUGACGAUAAUUAUUUUGAUUUCGUACAUUUGGGAUUCUUAUCUGCAUGCUUUUCUGAAGAAAAUUGGACCACUCAAGUAAUUCCAGAAUGCAUCCGUGUAUGCAAAUCUAAUGGUUGGAUCGAAUUUUAUGAAAGUGAUGGUGCCGCCGCAUUUAAUGGCGGACCAUGUUAUACUCAAGUCGUGGAAUCUUUAAGACAGGAAUUUUCUACAAUGGAUUUAAAUAUAAGAGCUGCAACACUCUACAAAGAUUGGCUUCUUAAAGAACCAACCCUAACAAACGUUCAGGAGGAAGUCAAAAAGCAAUCCAUUGGUAAUUGUGAUUGUCUUGCAAUGAUCAUGAAAGAGUGCUUAAAAAUUCUCUUUCAAACUUUGGCUCCACGUCUCGCCAAGAAUUUAGGAAUAAGCGUGAAUGAAUUUGAAAAAAUGUUACAGGAUGUUCAAGAAGAGUACGACAAAUAUGGAACUUACAUGAAUUUUUACAGGGUCUAUGCACAAAAACAAAUGAUACAAUCACCAUCCACCGAUGCACCCGACAGGGUUGUAGGUCUUUGUAUGCUUAAAGUUGUGGUCUUAAAAGACGAUGAUUCAUUGAAACAAUAG